CCGGUAACCCUGGUGAACGGUGUGAUGAAAUUCUGGCUUCACAGCGUUAGGAGCUAAAUCAGUCAGUGGAAAUGGAGAAUCGCUUCACCAAAGGCAAGUCUGCCAUCCUGGAGCGGCCGCUCGCCCGAGCCAAGACGGAGGUGAGCGUGAGUGCGUUUGCGCUGCUUUUCUCAGAGAUGGUGCAGUACUGCCAGAGCCGCGUGUACUCUGUAGCCGAGCUCCAGGGCCGACUCGCCGACAUGGGCCACGGUGUAGGGGCCAGCCUGCUGGACGUCCUCGUGAUGAGGGAGAAAAAUGGCAAGAGGGAGACCAAAGUCCUAAAUAUCCUGCUGUUUAUCAAGGUAAACGUAUGGAAGGCCCUCUUUGGGAAGGAAGCGGAUAAACUAGAGCAGGCCAACGACGAUGACAAAACCUACUACAUCAUUGAGAAAGAGCCGCUGAUUAAUGCGUACAUCUCCGUGCCGAAAGAGAACAGCACGCUGAACUGCGCCGCCUUCACGGGCGGCAUCGUGGAGGCCAUUUUGACCCACAGUGGAUUUCCGGCCAAAGUCACAGUUCACUGGCAUAAAGGAACCACGCUGAUGAUUAAGUUUGAUGAAGCGGUCAUUGCUCGUGACAAGACUCUGGAUGGUAGAUAAGACGGCACGCUUUUUAGACCUCUGAGAAAAAAAUUGCCCUUUCCCCUAACUGAUACUGAAGUUCCAAUAAGGCUGAGUGUUCGACUGGAGGUCAGGGAGAAAGUUCAGCAGUGUGACUGAGGGUGUGAUGUGAUAGCGGAGGUUUAACAACGGGUCACAUGUCGAUCAACAGAUUUCAACAAUUUACAGUGUUCUAAGUUUAUUUAGAGUGGGAAUGGUCAAUUUUUAAACUCGGGAACAAAUUAUGGAUUGGAAAAGUUGUUCAUAAAAAUUUGAGAUACUAAAUAUUGCAAUAAUAAACACUUAAAACGACACAUGAGCUAGUUUUGAACAUGAUGGAUGGUAGCAUUUCUCCGACAACUCUGCCUCAAGCUCGACUCCCUCAUUACAUCUGCAUUCGUCCUGUCAUGAGAAAAUGUAACGUCACUGAAUAAUAGUUCACACUGAGUAUUUUCAUGAAACUUUUUACUGUAACUGUUCUGUAAGUGUUCGGAUAAGGACUGAAUAUACUACAUGAAGUCUUUAGCCUUUACAUGUAUCAGUAAAGGUGAUGUAGUUUUUCCACCUUAAAGGUGCACUAUGUGCUUACAAUUCACUGGUAGCUUGCAUUUGUGGGUUUUUUGUGUUUCUCACACCGGUGUGCAGGUUUUAUUUCCUCAAUGCUUGAAUUAGUUUAAGCUUUCACUUCUUCUUUCACAUGAUCACAUUCCAUACUUGAAAUUGUACCUUUUUUAAUUUUUUCCUGUACCCCUAAUUUAUGACAAUAAAUGUUGCAGCCAUAUCAUCGAGAGAA